CUUGUGUGUGUUUAAUCUCCUUUUCGUUAUUUUUAUCCGUGUUUCGGUUCAUUGGCAAGAAGAAGCUCUUCAACGUGCUGAAAGUCGGCAAAUUUUAGUAAUUUAACCCGUUUAUUAACUUUCAAGCUAAAAAUAAGAUGUGACAGUCAGUGAAUGCCAGUUUUUCUUGUUUCUCAGAAGUAGUGAGUAGACAAUGUACAUUCUUGGAGCUGUGAUGGGCCGGCAGUUGCCAUCCCUUGGACAAGGCAGUAUUGUCAGGUGUAGACUGCUGGAUGCAAAACGUAUUUCAAAAAUUCACUGCCAAGUUCCCUUAAGAUGUCAUGCAGGGAGGAAUAUACAUGUUCUGGGAGCAGUUAGUAGACUCGGAAAAUCAUCCAUUGUAUUUCAACCGAAAAGGAACUAUAACAGACAUCUUCCUAUAAAGCGAACAUUUACACCAAAAUAUGAUAAAGAUAAUGUAUCUAGAGACUAUGAACUCAUAUACCAGGCUAAUUUAGGGAAGAGGCAUUCCAGAACAUUUAUUUUUCUCGGUGCAGUGGUGCUAGGAUAUAUUGGAAUGUUUGGAUACUUUUAUCUGUUGUUUACAGGACAAUGGAAGUUUGACAAGAAAACUACGAUUCCAGUAGUAAACAUCACCAUCCCGAGCCUUACAUUACAACUGUCAUGUUUUAUACUGACCUUUGUUAUAAUAUGGUUAGGUGUGUGUAACAGUUUCUUACGGUUGCCUGUACAAAGAAUUUACGAAAGCCCAUGUAAGAAAAACUAUAUAGGAAUUUUAAAGAAAAAUGUAUUUAUAACAGAAAGAGUAGAAUUUGAUUUGUCUGAAGUUAUUGGUAUAAGACCAACAAAAGGAAAAAUAUUGAAGAAUGGAAAUACAAAUAUAAAAGGUCGACGUUGCCUAAUUUAUGCCGUGGACUUUAGACUUCCUGAAGAUUUCAACAAGUUUCUAGGGUAUGAUCCUGUGGUUCCUGGCCAAUAGGAAGUUCCUUUUUCAGAUCAUUCACGCUGGAAGAAUAACAAUUUAUUAUGAUAGUUUUAUAUCUAGCAGUUUAUAAAUCAAUGCAGUUAAUGCAUGUACUGUUUUGAGGAGUACCAAGAGUAUAUGUACUGUGAAAUCAUUAAUAUUUGUGGGGAACUAAUUUUCAUGGAUUUUGUGGUUGAGUCAAUCUACGAAAUUUAAUCCCAAUGAACAAGUAAAAUGCCAAUUCAUUUUAUGUUCAAAAGUUAAAAUCCACGAAUUCAUAUCCCCAGGAAAUUGCCGUUUUAAUAAAAAAAAACGAAAUUUAAUGCCCACAAAAUUAAAUGAUUUUACAGUAUAAAAAUAGAUUUAUUCUGUUAUGAUUAUGUAAUGGUAAUUAGCCCCCAUCUUGUUGAAAAAAAAACUGGUUUUGAGGCUAUAGAAUUUAACUAUGCCCAUCGGUCUGUUCAAUUUAUGGCUGUUCAAAAUCUUUGUCAUUCAUGUAUAGAUUUUCAGAUGAUUUGGCACAAACAGUUGCAGUUAUAAAAUGAUGUGUUACCUGCAAGAUUAACCUUUAUCCUGCUAUAUUUCUAAAAUAGACAUAUCUAUUAUUCAGUUUCGGCAAUACCACUUCAUAUUCAAGGAGGUGUUCACUGUAAAUUAACUGACCAUGACCUGCAAAAAUGUAAGAUGAAAUUUAAUAGAAUACCAUUGGAUCUACCUGAAAUUUGCAAAAUGUUAUAAAUGACACAGGCCUAUUUUUUUUUUAUUUAAACAUAAUAUUAAACAAUAAUUCUGCAGCCGUGAAAAGUUUCAUUAAAAUCUACAUCAUAGAUAAAUUUCUAUUCACAAAUACAUUUUUGUAUGUAAUCAAAAUUGUGGUUUUCCAAUAGUACUAAGUACUUGAUAAUUAUGUCUCCCACCACACAGUGGUGUUGGAGACAUAUUGAUUUACUCCUGUCUGUGUGUGCGUCUGUGACUGUGUGUCUGUCACAAAGCUUGUCCGCACUCUAAGUUGAACAUUUCUCAUCCGAUCUUCACCAAACUUUAAUAAAAUGUGUCUGACCAUAAGUCCUCGGCCAAGCUGGAUAACUAGCCAAAUCGACCCAGGCACUUCAGAAUUAUGACCCUUGAAUUACCAAAAAAAAGAAAUCAGAACGCAUGCGCAUUCCAGGACCCAAAACGUACCCUAUACUACUUAGUAGUAGUAGUAUAGGGUACCUUUUGGCUUGAUGAAUGUGCAUGCGCUCGGUGUAGUAUAUGAUGCCUUUUGGCUUGAUGAAUGUGCAUGCGCUCUAGAAGGGCAAGUCAGAUAAUGAGCCAAAUCGGCCCAGGCAAAUUGGCCCAGGCACUUUUGGGUUAUGACCCUUGAUUUACCAAAAAUCAGCCUUUUUACUCUUGUCUGCCUAGAAUAUUUCUCAUCCGAUCUUCACUAAACUUGAACAAAAUGUGUUUGACCAUAAGUCCUCGGCCAAGUUCGAUAAGCAGCCAAAUCAGCCCCAGACACUUUGGAAUUAUGGCCCUUGAAUUACCGAAAAUCAGGCUUUUUACUCUUGCCCGGACUCUAAAUCAAACAUUUCUCAUCCGAUUUUCACCAAACUUUAACAAAAUAUGUUUGACCAUAAGUCCUCGGCCAAGUUCAAUAACUAGCCAUAUCGGCACAGGCACUUCGAAAUUAUGGCCGUUGAAUUACCCAAAAUCAGCCUUUUUACUCUUAAAAGGUAUAUUUGUAGUGAGUAAACAGUAUAUAAAGACUGACUUACUAUUUAGAUGACAAGGCAGUUAUGGGAGACAUGCACUUUUCUUAAAAGCAGCUCUAGUUAUAGUAUGAUAUUCUAGAGUUUUGAAAAAUCAGGGUUUAAUUAAAUGCUACAUUGUAGAAAAAGAUUGAACCAGACUUGCAGAACUUAUUGCACUAUUUCCCAUAUUUCUUUUAUUGCACAUUAACCAGUAUUUUGUAUUCCUUCACUUGUUAUACACAAGAAAGAAUUAGAAAUAAGUGUAUAAACCUUUCUAUAAAUUGACAUUUGAUGGAGAGCAUAGACUUUCAUGUUACUAAAUGUGAAUAUAAAACAUUGUAUUAUAGUUUUAGCAAGAUGUUUCUGAAAAAAAGAUAUUUUCCUAAUCUUUUUUUUCAGCAGUUUUAAAACUUCAAUAUCUAAAUGUCAGGGAUUAUAUUGAUGAGUUUGAAAAUACAGUAAUCAGGAAUAAUCUUCAGUUGUCCACUUGUGAUAAAGCUGUAUUAUAACUGUUUUCUUUCGAUAACUUUUUAUGAAGUUCUUGUAGAGAAAAAGUAGGUCAUCCUUUGUCUUUAAAAAGCUUUAAUGAGGGAAAUUUUUAUGCCCCCGAAGGGAGGCAUAUAGUUUUUGAACCAUCUGUCUGUCGGUCUGUCAGUCUGUCCGCAAUUUUCGUGUCCGGUCCAUAUCUUUGUCAUCGAUGGAUGGAUUUUCAAAUAACUUGGCAUGAAUGUGUACCACAGUAAGACGACAUGUCGCGCGCAAGACCCAGGUCCGUAGCUCAAAGGUCAAGGUCACACUUAGACGUUAAAGGUCAUUUUUCAUGAUAGUGCAUUCGUGUCCGGUCCAUAUCUUUGUCAUCCAUGGAUAGAUUUUCAAAUAACUUGGCAUGAAUGUGCACCACAGUAAGACGACAUGUCGCGCGCAAGACCCAGGUCCAUAGCUCAAAGGUCAAGGUCACACUUAGACGUUAAAGGUCAUUUUUCAUGAUAGUGCAUUCGUGUCCGGUCCAUAUCUUUGUCAUCCAUGGAUGGAUUUUCAAAUAACUUGGCAUGAAUGUGUACCACAGUAAGACGACGUGUCGCGCGCAAGACCCAGGUCCGUAGCUCAAAGGUCAAGAUCACACUUAGACGUUAGUCAUAUUUCAUGAUAGUGCAUUGAUGGGUGUGUCCGGUCCAUAUCUUUGUCAUUCAUGCAUGGAUUUUAAAAUUAUUGGGCAUGAAUGUUUACCACAGUAAGACGACGUGUCGCGCGCAAGACCCAGGUCUGUAGGUCAAAGGUCCUAAACUCUAACAUCGGCCAUAACUAUUCAUUCAAAGUGCCAUCGUGGGCAUGUGUCAUCCUAUGGAGACAGCUCUUGUUUAAGUUUUGGUUGAGGAGAGGUGAUAUUGCAGGUAAAUUUUUGGUUGAGAAUGAUCCUUUCAGGUUCCUGGUUCAGGUUAACAGCAGCACUGCUAGUAUUUGUGAACAUUUUUAAUAUGAAAUGUAUACUUUGCCUUUGAAAUGUUAAUUAUUUCCGUUUGAUGAAUUUAUUUGAAGAAGAGGGGGUUUAUUGUU